AUGGCUAGACAUGAGACUGGGGCCAAGCCAAGAGUGGCCUCUCAACAGUAUGCAAUACGAUGCCCAAUGAGGAUUCAUGAUCAGACCUUUCCAGUGGACUUGAUGAAGUUACCCUUAUUGGAGUUCGACUUGAUCUUAGGGAUAGAUUGGUUAACCGAACACGAUGCCAGUUUGAGGUGCAAAACCAUACGGCUUAAGCUCAUAGCUAUCGAUGGAACCAAGUUGGUGAUGACUAGUGAAAGAUCCCAUCAGACGAGGAUUAUUUCAGUUUUGAAAGCCCAAAGGAUAAUCGACUGUGGGUGUGAGGCCUUCUUGGCUCAUGUGGUCGACACUCGAAUUUUAGCACCUACACUAGGGGAUAUCCGAACAGUGCGAGACUUUUUCGAUGUGUUCCCAGAGGAGUUGUCGGGUUUACCACCCGAGCGUGCAUUAGUGUCUGAUACUUAA